CUUGCACGGCAAAGUCCCAGCUGGAGGAGGCGGGCCACCGCAUGCGGGGUCGUCACACUCACAAAACAAGCCAAGCGGGAACAUCACCAACAAGACCACUCCGGAUUUUCAGCAUGAGAAAAGUACAACUUUGGUGGAGGAACGAGCAACGGCUCCUGUUUUGCAGCCCGGUGACACAACUACACAUAGCGUGCCACUCCGUGUCGAUGCAAGGACCGUGUCCAUCGAAGCCGCUCGCUCUUCCUACAGCACGUCUAGUGCUGGGACGGGCGACGAAGGGCUUGGCAGCAAGAAAGACAGCACCGGCUCCUUUGGAAGCUUCGGGGGCGGGGGCCAACCUCGCGGCAUGGCAACUGGACCACAAUCGUCCGCCGGUGUUUCUGCUUCAUCUUCGUUCCCAGGAAAGCCUCCGGCAAAUUUGCUGCCGCAGCAGCCGACAGCGACACCCUCCUCGUCCAGCAGCUACAGGAGAGGCGGAGCAGCUGCGCCGAGUCACGAACAAGGUUCUUCGGGCUCUUACGUUCUAAACCGUCCGGCGCAUCUGAAACCUUUCGACCCAGCGACCAUGGGCCCACUGGGUGCCACUCUCAGUAGCGCGAGUGUCAUUUCCAGUACAAGCAGCAUGGAGCUCGUCAACAUGGCCGCGGCGCGAACUCCAACCGUACGUAGUCGCCAGCUAGAAC